ACACAAAGUCACGUGUUAACGACAAUAUUGUGGUGAAAAGAUUCAAUUAGGUGAGAUUGUCUGACUUAAAGUUCUCAUUAAUAAUCAUGAAAAGGGAGCAAUCAGUUAAUACUUCUGCAACUUUUAAAACAAUAUUAAUCAAAUAAUGCCAACUGAUGAACAAACUGCAUAUUCUCUUGAGCAAACAUCUACCUUAAUAAAAUCCCAACAAAUUCCAAAUCCACAAAUAAUGGAAUCUCUCAGUCAUUUAAUUCCAAUAAAAAUAAAAAAGCGUAUCAUUGAAGAUGCUUCAUUGCAUCCACUUGCCAAUUUAGAUUAUAUACUUGGACCUGUUCAUGGACCUGCAAUUAAUCCAGAGAUUUUAAUACAAAAUCCACGUGUAUGCAUUUUAUGCGGUGUUGAUUUUAAAUCUUUAUCUGGUUUACAUGCACAUCUUACUUAUCAUAAGCAUAUUCUAGGUGAAUUAGAACCAAAAUUGAAUUUACCAAUGUAUGAUUGUCGUAGCUGCCGAAAUAGAAUUAAUUGUACAGUAUUAAUGAAGCAUAGAUGUUAUAUCAAACAAAUGGCUGAUAUUAAAGCAAGACGUAGAUUUAUAGAUAAAAAUGGUAGUCCAUUAGUUUGUAUUCUCUGUCGUGGACGUAUAUUUUCAUCUAGAGUACAUUUAGUUAUUCAUAUUAUUGUAGCUCAUUCAGUUAAUAGAGAUCCAUAUAAAUGUGUAUUUUGUCAUGCACAGUUCAUCUCAGAAAAUUUAAUGAUACAAGAAGUACAUGCUUUUGACUGUCAUGCUCCUGUUCUAUUUAUACUAACACGUAAAGGGAUUUACAAAUUAUUACGCAAUGUUAAAAAUAAUAUUGUUGAUGUAUCAGUACCAUUUACUUGUUUUUAUGACUCAUCGAAACUUGAAAGACAUCAGUUAACACUUUUGAAAGGUAAAAGUGAUCAUACUUUGACCAGGAAUGAUACUACAGUCAAUACAACACAAAGAAAUCAACUAAAUUCAUCAUGGAAUCAUAAAAUAUGCUUGAGAAAUUUUAAUUGUUUGGCUGAAUAUACUACACAUUUGUGUUGUUAUCAUGCGGCGUCUACAUUAGUCAAUGGCUUUGAUAACACGAAUCAUAAAGAUCCUGUUGAGGAGGUGAGAAGAGCACAGAAUCGUAGUCUACAUGUACCAGGUCCUACAGUUUCAGAAUUAUUGAAAAGACAAAAUACAAGUUAUUAUUAUAACGGUAAUAAAACUCAUAAUAACGAACCUCAGUCACCAUCAACACCCACAACAACAACUAGAGGUCAAAAAAGUCAAAUUAUGAAAACUUCAUCAUUUUCUACGAAUAGAGGGAUCCGAAUGGCAAGAACUACAUCUAGUUCUUUGAAGGAUGUAGGACGUAAAGGUAUGAAAUUUAGAUUGGACGGCUAUCGUGAACAGUGUAGAAUAUGUUUGGAAUUAUUUCCAGAUGAUUACAAAUUCAGUAAUCAUGUGAAUUCAUUCCACUUACCUGAAAGUAAAAAAAGACUUAAACAUCUAGCUGAAAAGAAUAAACUUUGUGGAAUGUUGGAUGUUAGUCUGUUAUGCACAGAGUGUUACAUAACAUACAGUAAUGAAUUCUCACUGCAGAUUCAUAUGAUGGUUUCGCAUACAGGAAAAGAUUGGCGACAUUGUGGUCUAUGUAACUAUGAAUUUUUCUCCGAAAAUGAUGGGACAUUAAAUCGACUUCGGCUUGUUUCAUUCAGUACUGAUAAAAAUGAAGAAUCGAAUUCGAUACCUACACAUGUAUUAGACAGUGGCAGUUCAACAGAUACUUGGCCAUUACAACCAGAAUUGAUGUGGCGUAUGAUUAUAGCACACGAAACAUUGCAUAAAAAGCGAUUAUUCCCACCACGACAUGUACCGUAUGUACCAGUACAAUUAAUCGAUACACUUAUAGAUAGUAAGGCAGUACAAGCGGAAAUAGUUGCUUAUUGGCUAGUACAAAGAGCUAAAGAAGUGACUGAAGGCAUGAAGCCAAAAGACAAUGAAGAAGAUGGAGAAAGAGAAGCUGCUGAUGAAGGAGUUAUUCAAACUCAUGAUGCAUUUGGUAUUAACAAACCUAGAGCAUGUAUUACACCAUUGGAUAGAGAUAUCGUUGAAGGGGCUAGAAUAACACUUGGACGACGAAUGACGGAAGAAGAAAUAUCUUCACAGUUUAUAGCUAGUUCAUCUGCCUAUCGACCAUCCUUACAGAGUGGAGUAAAACUACCUGACUGGAUGGCUAGAGAAUUCAGUGAACUUGGUGAACGUAAUGCUUCAAAACAGAAUGAACUGGAUUUUGAAGAAAAUUUGUAAUACUAUACUGAUAGACAUGAAGGAGAAUAAUAACUUUAAAGGGAAUGCGUGUAUGCAUACACAUAGGUAUAUAAUACCAGAAAAAUGUCCAGAAAAUUCUGCUUAUUUGCUUUGAGUGAACAUCGCGGUAGCUUUUACCUUUCUCGCUUUAGUUCAUAUGGUGUGAAAAGUAAAAGAUUUUAGGCAUUAUACUACAUUCACUUUCAUCUUAAGUAUUCCUUUAAAGCUUAUUUUUUCGUUUGCUAGUCCUCCUUGCUGAUUUUAUUUCUUGGUAUUGUAUUGGCAUUUCGAAAUAGCAUACUACUAUGUCGGGC